AUGGUUGUCCUAGCUGCUUCAAUAUGCACAAAAGGCGGCAAAGCUGUCAUCUCGCGGCAAUUCCGUGACAUGAGCAAAGCUCGCAUCGAAUCGCUCCUCGCCUCCUUCCCAAAGCUGAUCCCGACAAACACUCAGCACACGUCCGUCGAGACUGCGGACGUGCGCUACGUAUACCAGCCGCUCGAGGAUCUCUACAUACUGCUCAUCACCAACAAGGCGUCCAACAUCUUGCAGGACAUCGAGACGCUGCACCUCUUCUCCCGCGUCGUCUCGGACAUGUGCCGGAGCGCAGAGCAGCGCGAGAUCCUGAAGAAUGCGUUCGAGCUCCUCGGCGCGUUCGAUGAGAUCGUCAGCCUCGGGUACCGCGAGCAGGUCAACCUAAUGCAGGUCCGGAACGUGCUCGAGAUGGAGAGUCACGAGGAGAAGAUCCAAGAGAUCAUCGCCAGGAACAAAGAGGCGGAGGCGAAGGAGGAGCUCAAGCGCCGCGCAAAGCAGCUGGAAAUGCAACGUCGGGAGCAGCAGAAGCGCACCGCAGCAGGCGGUCCCUCGGGAGGCGGAUACCUCAGCGGCGGCAUGACAGGCUACUCUCCAGUCCCGCAACGAUUCGACGCCCCCGCUUCCUCGCCUAUUCGCACCGCAUCCCCUGCGCCGUCUACGCUGCGCCCGCCAGCGUUCAAGGGCAGCGGCAUGAAGCUGGGGAGCAAAAAGACGAAGCAGUCGGAAUUGAUGGACGCGUUGGCAGGAGAGACUUUACUCUCGGAAGACAUGUCGACGCCCGGAACGCCUGCACAAUCGAAUACACCCGAGCCGAUCGUGCAGAAGAACGAGCGAGGCAGUUUGCCCGCUGUCAAUGCAGAGAGCGUGCAUGUUAUCAUCCGAGAACAGAUCAAUCUCGAGCUCAUGCGCGAGGGCGGUCUCAACAACCUGGAGCUUACAGGCGACAUGAAUCUCCACAUCACCGACCCCGCCCUGGCCCGCGUCAAACUCUCUCUCGCUCCGGCUCCAUCGUCCUUUGGGCCCGAGCUACAGUUCAAGCAGCAUCCCAAUGUUGGAAAGUUCGCCGCGAACAGAGAACGCGUCGUCGCCCUCAAGGACCCCGCGCGUUCGUUUCCUGUGGGGCAGUCGCUCGCCGUGCUGCGGUGGCGAUACUCCGGCAAAGACGAGUCCUACCUGCCUUUAUCGAUCAACUGCUGGCCUACGACGGGCAAUGACGGCACAUGCGAAGUGAACAUCGAAUACGAACUCGAGACUGAGGGCGUCACUUUGCACGACGUGGUCAUCUCCAUCCCCCUCCCCGACGGCUCAUACCCAACGGUCACCUCGCACGCCGGCGAUUGGGCUCUCGAUCCGAACAGCCACUCGCUGAACUGGAUGGUCCCGCACGUGAACGCUGACGAGCGAUCUGGCUCACUCGAGUUCACCGUUGGCGGCGACGACCCUGGCGCGUUCUUCCCCGUGCGUGUACAUUUCGUCGGCGAGGGCAGCGUGGCGGGUGUGCACCUCGCGGCGGUUGCGCGCGUGGACAACGGUGAGGACGUCGUGUAUUCGGAGGAUGCUACUGUCACUGUCGAUAAUUAUACGGUCGUUUAA